AAAAUAUCCUUGCAAGUUGCAACAGAUCUCUGUCUCUGUUUCUCUUUCUGCUUUGUCGUUUGUUAUUACUCUCUUACCUUCCCUAUAUCCUUGCAUUUCUUGACCAAAUUACCCCUGCUAAUAGGGUUUGGAGGCUCUGCUGCUGAAAAGAGUUGAAUAAGGUGAGUUUUGCUAGGUGGAGAAAAUGAUUAUCACAAAGCAGUACCGAUGCAUACACUCAGCUAGCUGUCAAUGUUCUAAAGGGCAUUUAAGUGAAGAUGCAAUUUUCUUAGUUUUUCAUAAUUUAAAAUGGAAUCCCAAGCUGAUUGCUACUCUGUCAUGCGUGUGCAAAUGGUUUGAUGAUCUUGCGAAGCGAGUUCUAUGGAAAGAGUUUUGUGGAACAAGAGCUCCAAAGAUGUUGCGUGAUCUGCAAUCUACUGGUAGCCACGUCGUUGAUGGAAACUGGAGAGCUUUAGGGAAGCUGCUUACAUACUGUUCAGGAUGCACAAAAGGUGGAUUGUUCAAAGACAUUCUGAUUCCGGGUCACUUUGUAUAUCAGACUCGAUUUUCUAGAACGUCGGGAAAGAGCUUUCUCUUGCCACAAUGCAGAACUGAUGUUUUAUACGUGUCUGAUCCUUGUGAGCAUCUUGAUCAAGGUGAAGAAGGAGAUUUAGGAUUCUUCCGUGGAGUUUUUAAGUCGUUUGCAACCUCGAAGGUUCGAAAGAUGCUUAUUAGUAAAGGUGCCAAGCUCCAUUCAACAGAAGUCUGUCCUUAUUGUAAGGCGAAGUUGUGGAGUAUGCAGCAAGCUAAAAUGAUCCCUCAAAGUGCUAGUUGCAGGUUGGGUUCUUAUGAAGAUUGCAUUGAGUAUUAUGUGUGCCUCAACGGCCACAUGAUUGGGAUAUGUACUCUAUUACCGUUGUCUGAUUCGGAAGAGGCGCCUGAGUUGGAGAAAUAGUUAAAUGAUUUUCAGCUAUCAUCAUUCUUUCUGAAUCUGCUAAAUUCAAGAUAAAGAUUUUUUAGAAGAAACAUGGCGAAGGCAAAAGGUACCUCUUGGGGUGGUUCAUGAUAUGCUAUUGCGUUUGCAGGAAAAAGAGAGAAAUUCUUCGAGUCAUUUCACUUGUGCAGGUGAAGAAUAAUCGCCAGUUUCAUGAGUGGUUGGUUGGUUUGAUGCACGAUUCUCUACCUUCCAAUACUCGACUCGAAACCAGCAUAUAGGUGAAGAAUUAUCAUAAUUUAGGUGAUUCAGAUGUAGUAUGAUCCCUUAACGUAGGUGUUGAUAUUGUAUUAGCGUUCACUUCAUUUGAUAUCAACGGUCCCCAUUAUAGGUCUCCCAUGCAGGAAGGUUCUGUUAUACUGUAACAGAAAUGACAGGUGGCAUGGGAUGAUAGGCAGAGAAUAUUCUAGAAGGAGAGAGGGAGGACUUUAUGAAGGAAAACGGUGGGUACCGAAGAGGGCAUCUGAGAAAUAGUAAUUGGUUUUGGGCUGAGUAGAGAAGUGGGUUCUUUCUCAGAAUUAGUUUGAUAAUUAUAUUGCAAUGUUUAUUCUGUUUGGUUUGGUUCCUAUCAGAUGUUUAUUGUUAAUUCUAUUAUACUCAACGACUGGUUGACAUGCUUAUAAACAUAUUUUAGCACUCUAGAUAUGUCCUAAGCAAGUUUGAGUAGACUUAUUCCUAUGUGAUGCUCUAAAUGACAUUCAUUAAGCCUGUCCACAAUUUUUCUUUUUGA